AUGAGAGAACCAUUUUUUCUGUUUGUUGCCUUCUUUUGCAUUACGGUUCCUUGUUUGUCAGUAGUGAGUUAUAACCAAACAUUUUCAGAUAAACAACAUAUAAAGCUUUUUGAAAUUGAUCAUGAAAAUAAUAUUAAGAUACCAAUUGAUUCCAUUGAAAGGAUUCGGCAAAUUGAAUCUCCUGUCUCAAUUGUCUCGUCCUUGGGUCUAGCUAGAUCGGGAAAGACUACUUUGGUAAGAUUGAUUUUGGGAGAGUUAUUAUCAUUUGAAGAUGAAGAUGAGAAUGAAUCUGAUGGAGUUAAGUGGGCCCAAAUUAAUGGAAAUGAAUCGAUUUUGGGUAAUUCUCCAGAUAGCACAAACUAUAUUCUUCUGGAUACAGAAGCUUUGGUGAUUGGGAGAGGAAUCAAUUCGUCGAUUAAAUUGGCAAUCUUGUCCCUUAUUCUUUCAGAUACUGUUUUUGUGAACUCAAUUAAUGAAAUGGAUAUUUUCUUAAUAGACUUUAUCAGGCUCCUAAUCAGCCAGGCAGUAAUGUUUUCGAGCUUAUUUGUGAGGAAGCUAAACGAAAUAAGUGUUCCAAAUAAAAAGAGUUUGAAAAAGAACCUCAUCUUUUUGAUUGAAAAUCUUCACAAAACAAAUAUUUCUUGGAUUUUGCAUAAGAAUUCGGAUUUAAAAGAUAAACAAGAUCCAAAGAAGUUCUCCAGAAAGUACAAAGAUUGGCUUAAGUCUAAAUUAGAAAAAUAUGUUUGGCCAGAAACAUUCCAAAGUAAAAUGUUUAGAAAUCUGGAUUCUUUUAUUGAGAGAUUCGAAUUUUACCAAAUUCCAUAUUUUGGAACUGAAGAAAAAUAUAAUGAAUACCAGUACCAUAACACAAUUCAAGAUCGUGAUCAUGAUCAUGAUCAUGAUCUUGAAUUUGGCAAAAAGAGCUAUAGGUCCAUAUUUUCAGAUCUCUUUAUGGCCAACUCAGGUGAAGAAAGGAGGCUAACAGGAGCAGAAAUUGCAGAUUUGCUUGAGCUAUUUUCGGAACACUCAUACGUUUUUAACUCAUUUAAGCCCUUGGAUUUUGGGAUUGCAAAAAGUGAUCUCAAAACAAGUACCUUGGUUGAGAAUACACUACUCAUUUUUGGCACUAGAUUGGAGAACCAACUUUUAAAUGAGAAUGUGUAUCCUCUACUAGAAAUAGAAGCUGAUGCAAUAUACAAUAAAACUUUGAAAGAUAUCGAGUCAUAUUGGUCAUCAAUCUCGGAGUUUGACUACUUUGAUUUUGGUAGUUUGCUAAGAAGUGUCCAACCAAACUUUGAGAAACUGUAUAAAUCCAUUUUAAGUAAGAACUGCGAGCUGAUAAGAUCUCACUGCAACGAUGUAAUUAAUCUCCACAUUUCUCAUGCAGCCCACCAGAUUGAACAGUUCCAUGAGAAAAUCCCAAUUCCACAAUCUUUGUUAGUAGAAUUCACAGAAAAUUUGGAAGCAAAUACAAUGAAUGAUAUAGAAAUGGCCUUAAAUAAAUCCUUCGGAAAUUUUGAGUCAAAUAUUAGUUCAUAUAGGAAUAGUCCUUGUUGUAGUAUUGAUGGAUCAUUAACUCAAGAAAAGAUUGAAAUAGCUCUUUCAAAACUUCGAAAGAAAAACCAGGAAGAAAUUGAAAAGAUUUUACUAGAUGAUUUUGAAAAAGCUUUGGAUGUAAUUAAAACUUUAGAAGAGGUGGAUGAUUCCUAUUACAAAGUCAGUAAGGAGGAAUUCGAAAAGAAGCUGGAAAAAAUAAAGAAUUCUUCCAAACUUAUUUUUAAUACCCACAUAACUUUAAUGAAUGAAACUGACCUUCAUGCAAAAUACUGGAUGAAACUUAAAUUAGAACUGGAUGAAUUUAUUGAAAAAAAAAUGGUUGCUUGGAAGAAAGUUUGUAGAAAGUACUCUUACAGUUUUGCUCAAUCCAUUGCUAUUAGACAAAACAUCUCAAUAAGGAAUAAACUGACCCUUCCUAUAGCAGACUCAGUAAUUCUGGAAUCAUUUGUGAAUUUGAAGGAUAAUGUUAUUAAAGAGAUGAAUGGUAUAUACUGUUCAGACGAAGAGUCUUGGAAAGAUGCCUUGAGAGAGUUGAUGAGCGUAAUAGAGGAUGACAAAGAACAGUUAGUAAAAGAGAACCUGAUAGCUCUUAAAAACUUACUGCAUAGGCCACUGAAAUACGCUCUUAGAAAUGCAAUAGAAAUAGCCAGACAACAUUACAGCUGGAUUAACUUUGUGAAAGAAGCCACAGUUUUAGCUCAGAAUUCCUUGGAAGACUCUGAAAGUUGGGGUCCGAUAAAUAUAGACAAAAAUACUAAAGAUAGAGUGAUUGAACUUUGGAUAGAAAUCGAUCUUUCGGGGAUUAGAAAAGGAUUUGUGAGGAAUCAGGUCUUCAUGAUUUUACGGUAUUUACUUUAUUCAUUGGUAUUCACCAUCAUUUCUUUCAUAGCCCUCUUCAAGAAUAACUCUAAACCCAUAAUAGGAGUGAUAUUUCUAUCAUUCAUUGCCUCAGUGUUGCUAUUUUCUUCAAUUGAACUUGGAGUUGCUGGUGAAGCCAUUUCACACAAUUUAACGGACCUUUUAAUAUACUUUGGAAUUUCCAGAUUUACUCUUUACUACAUAAGAUACAACAUUAAGCUGAUAUUUGCUGUCCUGGUUGGAUUAAUUUGUGUUGUUGUCUAUUUUAGCUUUAGCUUAAAAUUCGGGAAUUCCGACUCGAAUUCCAAGUCAAAAUCCAAUUCCUUUCAAGAAAAACUGGGAACAGAGAUUUCUCCUCGGAAGAAGGUCGCCAACUCAGGCUCACCAAUUGCAUCGCCUUCGAUGGGAGAAAAGCUCAAGCACCAUAACAAAUCUUCAAACGCAAUAAGGACUUUCAUUUUUUAG